CCGUUAGACGGUUAAUAUUUUAGUAUAUACCGUUAAGUGCGGGGCUACAAAAUGGCGGCCUCCACGAAAGGCGUGAAUUGUUAUCGAUUGCUGUCAUAAUGUAACAUUUUCACAGAUUGUGUUGCGACUGAUAUAUUCAACCAUGCUGGGCGACAUCCUGAGGGGGCAAGAAAAAUCCCCACUGGUUUUAAUUGAAGAUAGCUGUGAUCUGCCAGGACGUCAUGUUAUCCUCAGUAUUAUCAACUGCCUUGCUCCAAGAUUGGAAAAGGUUAUAUUAAUCACAUACGAAAAACCAGCAAGGUACUUCAAAGACUCCUUGUCAAAAGACCUUCAAAGGAGAGUUGACAUUGUUGACUGCAGCGAUGACCCUCUGGGGUGGCAGCGUGGGGGAUCGCCCUCCAUUGAUGGGGAAUUUCUCAAGAUUGUUGAAGGUGUUAUUUCCCCAGGGAUCAGGAGUGUAGGGCUUGUGAUAGACUCGCUGACUCUGCACAUCUUGAACCGACCGCUGCCAUACACAUGCCAGAUUCUACAUGCUGUGAAGAGUGCCAAAAUUAAAGAUUGUGAGAUCUCCCAGACAGUAUGUUUGCUACAUCGUGAUCUCCAUGAUGACACGGCAGUUGGACUCAUUGAACAUAUGGCGACAACUGUCAUCAAACUGUCGCCAUGCAAGUCAUGUGACUUCCAGCAUUCAUGUUGCAUCGUGCACCAGCGGGCAUCUGGCAAAGUCAUGAAAGUGGUAGAGAACUUCAACAUGGAUGACAAGUUCCAGCUGAAGGAGGUUUGUGAGGCCACGCCCACCUUCACGAUGGUCAUGCCAGAUUCCGUCUCUCAGGCAGAUCCUGCUGCAAACCUGCCCUUCAACCUGAGUCUGACAGACAGUGAGAAGGCAGCUCGGAGCCAGGUGAAGCUGCCCUACAUCAAGGAUAACAAAGGGGGCGAGCCCGAGACUCAGGUAUGGGGGAAGAUCUUCUAUCAGCCUGAUGAUGCCGAUGACUUUGAUGAGGAAGACCCAGACGAAGACCUGGACAUCUGAACAGCUGGAACUCUUUUAUUCUUACAGCCACAAUGCUGACAUCCGAAUUACCAGAACAAUGUUAUACAAACAGCUGGACAUAUCAGUCCAAUUAUAUUGGUUGUUGCCUUUAUUUUGAGGGACAUGUUUUAGGCUGGAGCCAGACAUGUUUUUAUGCUGGAGCCAGAUAUGUCUGUUUGGUGUGCAUCUCAUGUUUUCCAGGAGAGUAAGCAUAAACAAAUUUGAGAAAGGGUAUACUCGAGCAAAUAAUUUGCGAUUUACAAUGGACUAAAACUCUAAAACAACUUCAUACUUUUAUGAAGUCCAGCUUAACUCAGGGGUUUAAUUCCAUAUUAUUAUUUUUUACCCAGUCAAAUUACGCACAGACAUACACACAUAUCUAUUUUAAGGCCAGAUUCUUUUUCAAACUUUAACUCCAAAAUAUUGAAUUGUGAAAUAAAAAAAAAUAAAAAAGUUUUUUGUUUUAUUUCAACCACUAGAAAUAAGUAAAUACAAAAACAACAACUUAUUUACUGUCGCUGUCAAUAUGAAUAAAUUAUUUAGAAUUCUAAAUUCUAUUUGUUACAAAUUUCUCUUAAUAACUCCCGGUCCCCAUCUCUAUUUUGUUUCAAUAUUUUUUCUGACCUACUUUUGAGAAAAUGAAAAAAACAUUGUAUAUGGGCAUUUAUAUAUUUAUUUUUUCAACCUACUGACCUGAAUUUUUGGGCAAAAUCCCACAACACCCCACAUCCCAAUAAGGUAUAACAAUUAUAUUGCGCUAUUGGUUUGAAAACUGAACAUUAAUGUUGACAAUACCAUGUCAACCAUCUGAAACCUUUUAAAGUUAUUAGGUGUUAGAUAUAAUUAUUACACCGAAGGCUCAAUCUGAUGUAACAAAGGUCAUGCAUGUUGCCUUGUAAACAUUGUUAAUUCAUAUUGUCUCUUUGAUCUGUAUUAUUGUUGUUCUGAGCGUGCAGAUAUAUCUAGUAACAUUGAUCCUGAGUUUGAAGCCAAGAUUCAACCACACUAUUAUUGGUCAUUUCACUUCAGAGGCAACCUAAUUAACCUUCAUCAUCCACGGUGUAGUGGAUAAAGCAUCUGCCUGAAGAGCAAAAUGUUGCUGGUUCGAUCCCUUGCCCGCAUCAUACAUUAACUUCUUGUUACCCUGCCUGGCGCUCAGCAUUAGAGGGAUAAAACACACACAGGCCUGAUAUCAUCUCAAUUUGAUAGUGAUUCAUAAACACAUGCUUAUGAGAUAGUCGGAAUCAUACAUGGGACUCUUAUGAUUAUGGAAAUGGUUAUUGUCGCUUUUAUCAGAAUAUGUCCCAAGUUUAGUGGCUUGGCUGAUUGCAUGUCAUCGAACUUUGAUAUCACUACUGAAAGCAGCUAACCGAUAAACAUCAAGCAAACGAUCAACUUGGGUACAUAAUUUCUAGGUUGUUCUUGGUGGUGUCUGUUGUUGCCGUAAGAUGACACUCUCACCCCAACUAUUAUUAGCCCAGUGGUCUCAGUUGUCGCUGGUUGCUUGCCAUUUGUUGGAAUCCCGCUUGGAAUAAGCAAGUGAGCAAUAACCGGAAGUUGGUUUAGUGGACCUGUGUUACUUUGCGGCUUUUCUCAUUAUGAGAUCAUGACAUGCAUGAAACACAGACAAAAGCGAGGUAAAGCUUCAUCUUACGAUCCUCAGACCAAAACAGUCAAUCAUAUUAUCGGUAUCUGCUUUGUGUAUAGUCAAGGGAGUAUAUUUGUGAACAUAAAGACAGUGAUGUUUCAUCCUGGGUAUGUUGUAAACGUGAUGAUGUUAUUUUGUUGUACUUUACAUGCAAAAUGUGCUAUUUUGAGAUUAAAUAUGUACAACAUUUAA